AUGAAUCCUUUUAUAAAUAUUGAGACAGCAGAGAUACAAAUUCAAGAAGAACUAAUCGAACUUUCAACUGAUGAAACAUUGAAAUCCACUUUCAAGGGUAGUGAUCGGCUCACGGAAUUUUGGCUUAAAACUAACAUAAUUCAUAAUUAUCCUGGACUGUGGACUCUCGUUAAAAAAAUUUUAAUAGCCUUUCCUUCCUCAUACCUCGUCGAGCGAGGGUUCAGCACUGUAACAGAUUUAAUUACAAAAAAGAGAAAUCGACUGGAUAUCGUGACAAGAGGAGAUUUACAACUUAAGUUAACAAACAUCGAACCUAAUAUAAAAAAACUUGCUAAAAACCACCAAGUUCAACCAUCUCAUUGA